GUUUUCGCUCGGUGGGAGGUGGACAUGUCGGCCACGGCUCCAGCUCCUGCGGAAGCGGCCGCUGGUGGGGGCAGCAGCGGGGACAAGCAGCAGUCUUCCGCCGCCGCCGGCUCCUCCUCCUCAGCAGCCGCCGCCGCCGCCUCCACCACGGAAGGCUACGACCUGCUGGAGAAGUGCGGGGUGUGCCGGGAGCGGCUGCGCUUCGAGCGGGACCCGCGCCUGCUGCCUUGCCUCCACACCGUUUGCAAGGAGUGCUUGAAGGCCGAGCCCAAUGCCGCGGCGGGCAACAACAAGGAAGGCCAAGUGGUUGACUGUCCUGUGUGCAAACACCAAUGUUACAUGAAGGACAUUGUGGAGAACUAUUUCCUGAGGGAUGGUGGCAUAGAGCCUCUUGGGGAUACCAGAGAUGCUAACCAGUGUUGUACCAGUUGUGAAGACAAUGCCCCUGCCACCAGCUACUGCGUGGAAUGCUCGGAGCCCCUGUGUGAGACAUGCGUGGAAGCUCACCAGAGAGUGAAGUACACCAAGGACCACACUGUCCGGUCCACAGGCACAUGCAAGGCCCAGGAGAGAGAGAAGACGGUCUACUGCACUGUCCACAAACAUGAGCCACUGGUGCUGUUCUGUGACACCUGCGACACUCUGACCUGCCGGGACUGCCAGCUGAAUGCUCACAAGGAUCAUCAGUACCAGUUCUUGGAGGAUGCAGUCAAGAACCAGCGCAAGAUGCUGGCCUCAUUGGUCAAGCGCCUUGGCGAUAAGCACGCCAAUCUCCAGAAGUCGACCAAGGAAGUGCGUACCUCAAUCCGGCAGGUGGCGGAUGUACAGAAAAGAGUACAGGUAGACGUGAAGAUGGCCAUCCUACAGAUCAUGAAGGAGCUGAACAAGCGAGGCAAGGUCCUGGUCAGCGAUGCACAGAAAAUCACUGAAGGGCAGCAGGAGAAGCUCGAGAGGCAGCACUGGACCAUGACUAAGCUCCAGCGCCACCAGGAGCACAUUCUGCGCUUUGCAAACUGGGCCCUGGAGAGUGACAACAACACGGCUCUGCUGCUGUCCAAAAAGUUGAUUUAUUUCCAGCUGCACAGAGCCCUGAAAAUGAUUGUGGAUCCUGUGGAACCUCACGGGGACAUGAAAUUCCAGUGGGACUUAAAUGCCUGGACCAAGAGCGCGGAGACAUUUGGUCAGAUAAUUUCGGAACGGAGUGGCUUGCCAGUGGUGCUCAAUGCCCAGCCCUCCCAGCAGCGAGCCAAUGCCACUGGUGCUGUGCCCGGUUCAGUCAGACAACCUGGCAUGCCACCUUCCCAGGGUGUCCAGCAAAUGUCUCUGCAGACAGGCAUAAUGAACAGGGCCUCCAACAGCCAGCAGGGUGUCCCUGACUGCUACAUUAAUGAUGCCAGUGCCUCUUCUGCAGGGCAGCCAAUGGACAUCGACGGCUUUGGAGUUGAAGGAUAUUCUGGUGAUGCAAAUGUGUCUGGAACUAAAAGACCCCGUGGCCAAGAUGGAGAAUCGGGUGUCAUGCGCAAAGUGCCCCGCGUAAGUCUGGAGCGACUGGAUGUGGAUUUGACCUCUGACAACCAGCCACCCGUCUUCAAAGUCUUCCCAGGCACCUCGACUGAAGAUUACAACCUCAUUGUAAUUGAACGUGGGGUCUAUCAGGGCCUGGCAGCGGCCUCCACUGCGGUGAAGGAGGAGCAGAUGGAGGCAGCAAUUGAACACCCUGCAGCCGCUGAUGCUAAGGACACCAAGCCCAUUCUCCUGCCCCAGGAUGCAUCCCUGGCAGAAGGCUCUUCGGCCACCCGUCUCAUCUCUCCCAGCGGCAGCAGCAGCUCCGCCCUGGAUAUGCAAUCUGUUCAGAGCCACGAAGGCACAGCCAAUGGGGAAGAAGCUGCAUUCUGCAGGGUCUGCCUGAAAGCCGGCGCUGUCGUCAUGUGUGAUGGAUGCAAGAAGUGCUACCACCUGGAUUGUCACCUGCCUUCCCUUCAGGACAUCCCCAGUCAGGAAUGGAAGUGCCUGCUGUGUGAGCAGCCAAUGGCCGCCAGCGAAGAGGUCGGAACUGCCUUGACUGCGAUCUCCGUAGAUGGCGACCAGAGCAUCCUCAGAAAUGCUGACCAGCAGAGAUGUGAGCGAGUCCUCCUUGAGCUGCUGUGUUACGAGCCUUGCAGGCCUCUUCACCGACUCUCUAAUGCCACGGAGGGGCAGAACACCAUUGACCUGACCUUGAUCAGAGCCAAGCUGCAGGGGAAGCUCUCGCCUCCUUACACCUCUCCUGAUCAGUUCGCCGAUGACGUCUGGAAGAUGUUCAGGCAGUUUAACAAGCUGACAGAGGACAAGGAAGAUGUCCAGUCCAUCAUAGUGCUGCAGCGCUUCUUCGAGUCCAAGCUCAACGCCGUCUUCGGAGACCGCAAGUUCUCGGUGCCGGCAGACCCCAUCAAUGUGGACGAGCCGCAGAGGGGAGAGAGCAGCCUCUCUCUCCACAGCUCCCCAGCCACUGACCCGGGGGAAGUCGCUUCUUCCAAACCUGAGGGGAGUGGUGGGGAUCAGGGAAUGGCAGCAUAACAGACACUGCCUGCUGUGUCCUGGACCAGCAUUCCACGGAGGAGGGGCAAUGGAGGGAAGCAACCCCCCCAUCUGUCUCUGCCCCUCCACUCCUUCUGGUCCUUCCUUAAACUCUCCCCCUUCUGCACCUCUCUGCCUUUUUUUUGGAGAGUUAUUGUAGAAUUUGACUGCUUAGGUAAAUGGUUAUAAAUGGUUUGUCUCUCUUCACAUUUCCCUUUUUUUUUUUUGCUUGUUGAGUUUUAUGCCCUUGUUCUGGCAAGUAUUUUUUGUACUAAAACGAAAUUCAAGACCUUCUCCCUUUGCUUGGCCUCUUGUCAUCCUUUUUCUUGGAGAAGGGGGAGCAGGCAAGGGAACGUCUCUUUCUUCCAUCCUUUUAUUGCUCUUUAUUUUGUUCCUUUUCCUCCCCCAACCCAGAGAAAGCUCGUGUGGGGCCACAUGUAGCGUCGAUCGACACGUACAGGCAGUUCUCAGUUAGUCUCUGGUAGAUUCUUAACCAUACCAAGAGUCAAAGGGACAGUGUUGCAAUUUUGGCUUGCGAUGGGAGACACAGAAUUCUGCACACUGGUUCCUGACCGGCUUUGCCAGCCUCAGCAUAGACGUUUGCUGCCCUCUGAUUUGACAGUUGUAACUGGUGUUGAGCCUCCACGAUGAGCUGUUUUCUGAGGCGAUUAUUAGUCUCACACAGAAUUUUUUUUACCCCCUAUGUCCCAGUAGGCCGCUUCCUUCCCCCCCCCCCCCAAUUUUGUUUAUUCAAGAGGUGCCCGCAAAGGUAGUAGUAGUUUUUAAAAUCCAGUUUGGUCCCCUCCGUGUAGCCGUAUUUUCUGGCUGUACGUAUUAUCAAAUGCUUUCUGGGCCUAGUAGUUUUUUCCACACUAUCUCCCAAGAGCCGUUCUCAUGAAAGUGUGCUUUUUUUUUUUUGGCUUAUGUAUAUUUUAGAACUUGCUUCUUCCAUGGUCAAGAAAUAAAAACUUGUUUGCGACUUGG